CUGAUCAAAGGUAACGAAUGUGUAUCAAUUUAUUGUAUUUCUACGUUGAUAUUUGAUGAAAAAUGUCAAAGAAAUUGAAUAAAACCUGGAUUGAUUAUAACAGUCUUGCUCCUUUUGAGGAUAGGCAUAAUAUCAUAAGUCAUGAUGAUUAUAUGGGAAGAAAUAAUAAAGGAUUUAAUCUAGGAGAAUCUAGAUCUUGUAUCCAGCCAUUAUUCAAGAUCAGACUUAACAGAUCUUGGGACAAAACAUUUUCUCGAGAAAGAAAUAAUCCUCCAUAUGGAAACAGAAACUUCAAAGAAAUCCAAUUUGGACCUAGAUUGCAGUUUAUAGUUAAAGAUUGCAAUUGGUAUAGAAUCAGUAUACCAUUUGGCCACAAAUAUAAAAAAGAUUAUGUUUUAAAAUCUCUAUUAAGCUACAUGGCACCUGAAGUAUUUGUUCCUAUAUUGUAUAAGAUAACGGGAUACGAAGCCUUUUUUUUUGUCGACGAUUAUAAGACCGCAAACGCAUUGUUAAAUUGUGAUCGCAAAAUCACAAUGGUAGAUGGCUUCAGAUUACAAGUGAGAGUAAAAUCAGGAUUUCCACAAUACGACAUUAAUGAUAAAUAUAAGGAACGAUUAAAACAAGUUCUAUCCAAAAGAUAUAUACAAGAAACAAAUGCUUUGGAUUUGUCAAAAUUUCAUCAAGAUCCUGAUCUCAUUGAUGAUUAUUGCUGUGCAUUAUUUCGCCCUUCAAUAUUGAUGACUGUGUUAGAUAUCGUAGGCGAACAUAUGCCAAAUUUAGAAAUCUUGAACUUAGAAAACAAUAAGCUGCAUAACAUCGAUAAACUCAGCGAAUUAAAUAAAAAAUUUACGAAGUUGAAAAUUCUUCACAUCGGCGAUAACAAAAUAAAAGACAUCUAUCAAGUAGACGCUAUUAAAGACUUAAAAUUGGAAGAACUGAAAUUGACUGGAAACCCUGUCUGUAACAAAUAUAUAUCUCAACAAAAUAAUUACAUUUGCGAUAUCCGGAAACGGUUUCCGAAGCUACUGCGUCUGGAUGACACGGAAUUACCACGACCAAUUGUGUUCGAUGUGAUUGAUAUUGCAAAAAUACCAAAAUCACAAAAAAUGUUUUUUACUGAUUCGAACGCGCAACAAAUCGCGCAUCGAUUUUUACAACAGUAUUUUACGAUAUUGGAUAGCGAGAAUCGUCAAUUUCUACUUGAUGCAUAUGACGAACAAGCAUAUUUUAGUAUGACAAUAACUGCUUCCUCUGCUAACAAAUUAAAACAAUAUCUUAUGAAUAGCCGGAAUUUAUUUAGAGUACAUGACAUAGUUAGAAGACAGAAAUUAUUGAAGUAUGGUAGAUUACCAGUAGUUUCUUUCAUAUCAGAGAUGCCACAAACAAGGCAUCUCCUAAAUACUUUUACUAUGGAUAUUGUACUUGCUACACAAACAAUGAUGUUUAUUACGUUAACAGGCUAUUUCCAAGAGCUUGAUAACAAGGAACAGCCUAUCCGCUAUUUCAAUCGAACAUUCAUAAUUAUUCCAGAAGGUAAUGGAUAUUGUAUACGCAAUGAACAAUUACAUAUUAGUCAGCCAUCUGAGGCACAACUGAAGCAAUUGAAUCAACAGAUUCAGCCAAAGACAUCGGAGCUGUUGCCCGCUGAGACAACAAAAUCUAUAGCUCCGGAAUUAAGCGAAGAGAUAAAACAGCAAAUGAUAGUGGUAUUAAGUCAGCAAACAAACAUGAAUUUGGAAUGGAGUUUAAAGUGCUUACAAGAGAUGCAAUGGAACUAUAAUAAUGCACUCUUUGCUUUUCAAGAGUUUUUCAAAUGUGGUCAAAUACCAUCAGAAGCAUUUACGAAAUGUACAUAAGUAAAACAAUUCACUGUGAUAAUAAUAUAAAAAAACGCCAAAAAUAGAACUUCUUGUAAAAUACAGAACUUGUAAUUCAUGUUUGCUUGCUUGUGUUUAUAUUUUAUACUUAUAUUUUACCAAAAGCUGAAGGAAAAAUAUCAGUAUUAGAAAAAUAAUACAAUUAUUUAUAUGGGAAUUCGUCUUGUUUCAAUUUAUAUUAACAGAGAUGCUUAUAAAAUACAUGCGAAGUUUGUUAAAAAUUAUUAGCAGAAUCUUGAAGAAUACUUUUAUUUUAUUUUAUUUUUUUUUUUUUUUAUUGCGAUUCUUAUGAGUUUUUAAUAAACUUCUAAGACAUAAAAUAUUUUUAAUCUUCAUACUAUUCAGUGGUACCAAUAAAAAUACUACAAAACUAUAAAUUUUCUCAAUGGAAAUAUUUAUAAAAUAAUUUACUAAAAAAUCUUUUAUUUGGAAGAAGAUUUACAAUAAAGAAACAAAAUUUGUUGUGUGAAUGAAUGCAUAAUAUAAUGUAAUAGAAUUAUAAUAAAACACAAAUUUUUUAGGAUAUAUAUGAUGAGAAGUUAUUUGUAAUAAAUUAAUAAAACAUUCGAAUAAUAAUAAUGAUAACUGAUAAUAUCUUAAAAAAGCAAAAAUUAUCUUUAUAUAUUUUUAUUGAUGCCACUAUAUUGAUAAGUGAGUACAUUAUUAUGGAAAUGUACAAACUAUUAUAGAAACAAAGAUUAUAAGCAUCUGAUAAUAAAACAGGUCGGAUUCCAACUUAUUUUGAAUAGUGCCAGAUAAAUAUUUUAAUAUUUUGUUAUAGAUUAUUUUCUGUUCUUUUAAAUCUUCAAGUUUUAAUGUACAAUAUAAUUUUUUUUUUUAAAAGAGUUAUUUAUAUCACAUAGAGUAUAAGUAAAAAUAUAGUUAAUAUAAUGUUAAAAUUCGUUCAGCAUAAUAUCUACAUAUAGCAUUAAUAACAAAAAUAUUUUUUUAUAUAUAAAAAAAUUCCUAACAGUUUUCUAUUAAUUGCUCUUGCAUUAUAGAUAGGCGUUUACAACAUACAUUACAAUUUCUAACAUAUAUAUAUAAA